AGCGGUAGCGGCGGCGGCGAGGAGGAGGAGGACGACGACGACGACGACGACGACGACCCGGGCGCGCGGGACGAGGGGGUGGGUUGGUCGGUAGGCGCGGCGGCGGCGGCGACGACGACAAGGACGACGCGGCUCAGUCCGACCAUGUCGGGCGAGGAGGAGGCGGCCGAGCUGACGAUCGCGGAAGACGUGGUCGUGAACAAGUACAAGAUGGGGGGAGAAAUCGCCAACCGAGUAUUGCGUACCGUGGUAGAGGCAGCUAAAUCAGGAGUGUCUGUUCUCAGUUUAUGUGAGAAAGGAGAUGCCAUGAUAAUGGAAGAGACCGGCAAAAUCUUUAAGAAGGAGAAAGAUAUGAAGAAAGGUAUUGCCUUCCCCACAAGUAUAUCGGUAAAUAAUUGUGUCUGUCACUUCUCCCCCUUGAAGAGUGACCAGGAUUACAUCCUCAAAGAUGGUGAUUUGGUCAAAAUUGACCUGGGAGUCCAUGUUGAUGGCUUCAUAGCAAAUGUAGCACACAGUUUUGUCAUUGAUGCAUCAAAGGAUACUCCAGUGACAGGUCGCAAAGCUGAUGUCAUCAAAGCUGCUCACCUUUGUGCUGAAGCUGCCCUGCGCUUGGUCAAGCCUGGAAACCAGAAUUCACAAGUGACAGAUGCUUGGAACAAGAUAGCUCACUCAUUUAACUGCACACCAAUUGAAGGGAUGCUAUCACACCAGCUAAAGCAACAUUUGAUAGAUGGAGAGAAGACCAUCAUCCAGAACCCCUCAGACCAGCAAAGAAAGGACCAUGAAAAAGCAGAGUUUGAAGUCCAUGAAGUUUACGCCAUUGAUGUUCUUGUGAGCACUGGAGAGGGAAAAGCUAAGGAUGCUGGGCAGAGAACUACAAUUUACAAAAGGGACCCUUCCAAGCAGUAUGGUUUGAAAAUGAAAACUUCCCGUGCCUUUUUCAGCGAGGUGGAGAGACGCUUUGCUGCUAUGCCAUUCACUCUCAGGGCAUUUGAAGAUGAAAAGAAGGCCAGAAUGGGGGUAGUAGAAUGCGCCAAACAUGAGCUACUCCAGCCUUUUAAUGUCCUCUAUGAGAAGGAAGGAGAGUUUGUUGCCCAGUUUAAGUUCACGGUGCUUUUAAUGCCCAAUGGUCCCAUGAGGAUAACCAGUGGCCCUUUUGAGCCUGAAUUCUACAAAUCUGAAUUUGAGGUGCAAGAUGGAGAACUGAAGGCACUCCUACAGAGCUCAGCAAGCCGCAAGGCCCAGAAAAAGAAGAAAAAGAAGGCCUCUAAGAAUGCGGAGAAUGCCACAACAGGGGAAACAGCAGAAGAGAAUGAGACUGGCGACUGAAUGGCUCUGGCUUCCUCUGCACAGCACCUGAUUCUUUCUCUCACAUGCCCCCACCCAAAACAAGAGAAACAAAUAUCCCUUAAUGGCUGUUUGUCUCUUAGGACCAAAUGACAAACAGCCUGGACUUCCCACAGAAUGCAACCAGCUGUGACUGACUUUGCCACUGAGGGAGGGGUCUCUUGGCCACUUCAGAAUACUUUUAAAAGUAUGAAAUAAUAAAAUCAGGAGUAAAAACUAGUCUACAUCCAAUCUUUCUAACCUUUGAUACUACUUGUGCUCAUUAGAGGUGAACAAAUACAGUUCUGAGCAAGAGAGGCCACUUUCCUCUAGCUCUUACCCCAUUUCCAUUCCCUUUUGCAGGUACUUGGAUUCCUCUGAAAAAUCUUUAGGCAUCUUUUCACAACUAUUUUAACAUGCAAAAAUCCAUUUUGGAUUUAGAAUGGUAUUGUGUGCUGUUAGUAUGACUUGCAUGCCUCCUUGCUGUUCUCAUCUUUAGUCAAUUUUUCCCUGCUUAAAACCCUAGGAUGUUCUUAGGGUGGUUUUUGUGUUUUUCUUCUAAAACCCUCAAUAUGGUGUUUUUAAAGUUGGCAGGUCAGUUUCUCUGUUAGACAUUAUCAGUUUAUGUCUACAGGUUUUUUUCCUUUUCCUUUUUUAAUUCACUGUGUGAUUUGUUGGUUUUUAAGUAUCAAUCACAUCAGUGCAAAGAUGUGUUAAUUUCCUUGCAAAAUCUUUCCCCAAACCCAGAAGCAAUAAAACUGAUCUCCGAGCCUACUCGUUUUCAGUUGGGGCUUUUUGACACUUUAUUCAUGUCCCAUAAGAGAAUUGAGCAUUUGCUUCUACCUGUUCUGCAUGAACUUGCUUUCCAUAUAGUUCUUUCCACUGCCGAUGGCUUUGUCUUGUAAAGCAAGAUUUUUCAGAAGAAUCCCCUCCAUCCAUCUUUUUUACAUGAAUGAAUGAAAUGCUACAGUUGUGGUUGGACUUGGAAUAGACUACAUUUGUGGGAAUCUCUUUUCUAUAGUAUGCCUUUUUAAAUUGUCCGAAUUGUAUAUGAUUGUGUGGGUUUUUUUCUAUUGUAUUGCAAACCAAGUCCCUGUCUAGGCACUUACUGUAGCUGCAUUGGAAACUUGAUGCCUGUGAAACUGCCCUGUAAGAAGGGAGAGUGCUCAUGCUCUCUGGCAGGCAAGGUCCUUGACCAUUAUAUCUGGAGUUAAAAUAUUUUAAAAAUACCUUACAGUUACUACCAAAGUUUAAGUCCAUAAAAUAAACAAGUUUUAUUUUUUUUCUGAAAUAUUUCCCCAUCACUCUUUGUAAACUUUCUACUUUAAUUUCUAUUGUAAGAGAUACUUUCAGUGCUGAGUCUGGGAAGUAUCAUGGGGAACAUGUUGAGUGAAGGCUGAAUUGUAUGGAAGUGAUGAGCUUUGAGGAUCAUGCACAAGACUUGCAAUUAACUGCCAGUUUAGUUUUAAACUGCUCCCAAUUGUGUUAACCAUGAACUUAAGGGAAAUGGGGGUGGGAGGGGAGGCAUUAAUAACUUGUUCCUAACAAGGAACAUUUUAGCAUUUAUAUGUUUUCUUAUUGCCCUUCCAUUAAGGAAAGGCUGAGUUCAGCCACAUUACCAGUUUAUAAACCACUAAGAUUUGCUGGCGGUUUAUUUAAUUUUCUAUCUUUAUUUUGAAACGUUAAGGCAAUUGUAUCUCUUGAUUAAAGAAAAUUGCAGUUGGAAAUUUUGGAACAAAAUUCCCACAAACUGUUCUGUAACUUGAUUUUUUUCCAAAUAAAAUUGAUUAGUGGCACCUCUG